AUACAAAGGGGUGUUGCAUGAAAGCCAAAGCUCAUUGGCCGCUGGUGUGUAGUUCCAUUACACUUGUGCGCAUAUAUCAUCGCUCUUUCGGCCGUCUUUCUCCUUCCUUCUCCCCCUCUCUCUGUGUCCAUUGCUCUGAUUUGCUUGUAAUUGUACCGACAUGGCUCCUAGCAAGUGGGGUUUCUCUGCUUCUGCUUAAAACUCAAAUUCAGCUGCUGCUUUCACUUCUUUUUCAAGCACUGCAAUUGGGUUCUUCUUCAGCAACCUCACUGUUAAAAGGGCAUUAUAUGGAAUAUUCGAGUUCAAACUAAUUAAGACUUGUUGCUGGGAUCAUUAAAUUUGGAGGAAAGAAUAUGGCUAUGCAGACUGUCUAUUUCAAGGAACAUGAAGGGAUUACUAAUCCCAUGGGGCAGCUGUCAUCAGCAUUGUCAGGACCUUGGUGGAGUGCCUUCGGAUCUCAACCGUCUUAUGGAGAAUCCUGUGGCCAGUCUAAACCUUUUACCAUGGAACACCCCAGUAGUGGGGACCAACUCACUGCCACUAAACUUACAGGGCGAGGUACUGAACAAGGACUCGAUAAAGGGAACACAAAUCAGUUCACUAUCUUUCCUGGGGAUGGUCAAAAAUCCGAGGCAGCAAUCUCCCUGCAAUCAUCUCCGCAAAAAUAUUGUGCUCAUUUUGAGCUGGGAUUCAGCCAGCCUAUGAUCUGUGCAAAAUAUCCAUAUAUGGAUCAAUGUUAUGGACUCUUCUCAACAUAUGGACCUCAAAUUUCGGGGCGCAUUAUGCUGCCGCUGAACUUGACUGCCGAUGAAGGACCAAUCUAUGUAAAUGCUAAGCAAUACCAUGGGAUCAUCCGACGCCGACAAUCCCGUGCCAAGGCAGUCAUGGAGAACAGAGCAGCUGCACUUCGUAAGCCAUAUAUGCAUGAGUCACGCCAUCUUCAUGCAAUGCGUCGACCAAGGGGAUGUGGUGGUCGUUUUCUGAACACAAAAACUAUGAACAAUGGGAAAAACAGAACUGAAGGGACGCUAGUUGGUGAUGGACAGCUGUUUAGGCACUCUGGUUCUCAUAGUUCUGAACUCCUGCAAUCUGAAAGUGGAACCUUAAACUCCUCAAAGGAAACGAAUGGCAGCAGUUCAAACAUAUCAGGGUCAGAGGUGACCAGCGUGUACUCUAGGAGAGAUCUUGAUCGUUUUUCCAUCAAUCAUCUCCGUCCCUCUGUGCACUCUCUGUCAGACGUGAUGGAUAGUGUGCGUGGUAUGGUCAUUCCGACCAAAUGGGUUGCAGCAGGAGAUAACUGCUGCAACCUCAAAGUUUGAUAGCAAGGGAAAAGGUGGGGUUGGUGCGAACUUGUUGCGCUAGCCCCAUCUAUUCCACAACCAGAUGGAGAAGCUUUUGUUGCAGUUUCUGUUAUGGUUAUUGCAACACCUUUUGGUUCUAGGAUUGCCCGCCCCCAUCUGGUUGCUAUCAAAGGCAACUCAUUCUUGGCUCAUGUACGGAUAGGUUCUCCUGCCAUUCCAUGCAAUCAUCCUGCUCGUUCGGGUGGCUAGCGAAAACCUUGAAGCUACAUAAAAUUAAUCCAGUAGACUAUGUAUGAAUAUAAAUAUAUUAUAUGUAUGGCUCUCUUCCCAUAAGUCUGAAUAAGAACUUGAGAGUCUGGUAUGCAUUUGUGAUCUAAACAAAACAGGCUAAAUUGUUGUGUAAUUCUCUAAUAUCUAGUAUCUGGAUUUUUGACCUCCUGGGUUGGUGUAAUGUAUAACUUAAUGUUGUGUUGUAUGUACGUUUGGAAGAAUAAUGUAUUAUAUCUUAAGAACAUGGAUGUCCUCUUUAUUAUUA